AUGCUUGAAAAUGAAACGCCAGACAGCCACGGAUGCCCUGGUCCUUUAUGGGACCACCAUGGUGAGGUGGUGGAGCUGUAUGGAACCGAGGGAACAGGGAAGACAGAGCUGCUUUACCACCUGCUGUGCCGCUGCGUGUUGCCGGUGGCUAACGGCGGUCUAGAGGUGGAUGUUGUGUUCGUGGACACCGACUACAGUCUGGACAUGCUACGACUGGUCAGCAUCCUGGACAGCCGACUGAAUGCCGCUCGUUCUACCAGCUCGUCUUCGGCUGAUUCCAAUGAGGAGGCCUUGCAUCUGUGUGUUUCUCGGCUCUUGGUGGUCCACUGCUCCUCCUCCUCCCAGCUCAUUCUCACGCUCCACUUUCUGGAGACUUCCCUGUCGUCGCGGCCUGGACUCUCGCUCCUCGUCAUCGACAGCAUCUCUGCUUUCUAUUGGCUGGACCGAUGCGAGGGCGGAGCCAGCGUCGCCAAACAGGAAGAGAAACUCAGCAAGUGUGCGGAGCUGCUGGUCGGGCUGCUCAGGAAUUAUAGAAUCACUGUCUUCGCCACCUGCCACGCCAUCAGGAGGAGCUACAAUGGCGCCUCCUGCUCUGACUCCGGCCGGCCGUACCUCUGUCGGCCCUGGCAGCGGCUGGUUACCCACCGGCUGCUGUGCUCCAGGCAGGAGGCUGCGAACAACAUGGCCGCCACAGCAGGAAGCAGCACGGAGAAAAGCAGCCGGCCGGUCUUCACCGUCCACUGCACCUCCUCUGGCUCCGAGGCCAAGGCUUACAGCAGCACCUCCUUCCACGUGACCGAGAGAGGAGUGAAGUUCAUCUGAGCUCACAGAACAUUCAACAUGUUAUUGAUUGUUGUUCUUUUAAAAUUAAUGUGUAAAUACAUUUGUCAAAUGUCUAUAAAGUAGUGAUCCAGGAGGUGUAAUUGUGUUUGUCAGGCCUUUUACUACACAGCUACAAGGGUAUCUAACCCUAACCCUCACUUAACCCUAACCCCAUCGGGUGUCUCUAGUGGCCCAUCGGGUGUCUCUAGUGGCCCAUCGGGUGUCUCUAGUGGCCCAUCGGGUGUCUAGUGGCCCAUCGGGUGUCUAGUGGCCCAUCGGGUGUCUAGUGGCCCAUCGGGUGUCUCUAGUGGCCCAUCGGGUGUCUAGUGGCCCAUCGGGUGUCUAGUGGACCAUCGGGUGUCUAGUGGACCAUCGGGUGUCUCUAGUGGACCAUCGGGUGUCUAGUGGCCCAUCGGGUGUCUAGUGGACCAUCGGGUGUCUAGUGGCCCAUCGGGUGUCUCUAGUGGCCCAUCGGGUGUCUAGUGGACCAUCGGGUGUCUCUAGUGGACCAUCGGGUGUCUAGUGGCCCAUCGGGUGUCUCUAGUGGCCCAUCGGGUGUCUAGUGGACCAUCGGGUGUCUCUAGUGGCCCAUCGGGUGUCUAGUGGCCCAUCGGGUGUCUCUAGUGGCCCAUCGGGUGUCUAGUGGCCCAUCGGGUGUCUCUAGUGGACCAUCGGGUGUCUAGUGGCCCAUCGGGUGUCUAGUGGCCCAUCGGGUGCUCUAUAAGUCUCUUAGGUCAACUCCUUAUUAUCAGGCUGCUCUAAUAAAUCUCUUAGGUCCCUCCAGUUGAUCCAGAAUGCUGCAGCUCGUGUUCUCACUAAACUAAGAAAAGAGAUCACAUCACUCCUGCACUAGCUGCUCUGCACUGGCUCCCAGUAAAAUCAAGAAUCACUUUUAAAAUUCUUCUCUUAACCUACAAAGCCUUGAUUGGUGAUGCACCAUCAUAUCUUAAGGAGCUUGUAGUACCAUAUUGCCCCACUAGAGAGCUGCGCUCACUAAAUGCGGGACUACUUGUAGUUCCUAGAGUCUUAAAAAGUAGGAGGAGCCAGAGCCUUCAGUUAUCAAGCUCCUCCUCUUUAUGGAACCAGUUUCACCUUCAGUCCUGGAGGCAGACUCCGCCCCCUCAUGUAGACUGAAGACUUUCCUCUUUGACAGAGCUUAUAGUUAGGGCUGAAUCAGGUUCACCUGGUCCAGACCUGGAGACGCUGCUAUAGGCUGAGAGCUGCUGGGGGACGUUUAGGAUACACUGAGCUCCUCUCUCCUCUCUCCUUAUGGAUGCUUAGGAUACACUGAGCUCCUCUCUCCUUAAGGACGCUUAGGAUACACUGAGCUCCUCUCUCCUCUCUCCUUAAGGACACUUAGGAUACACUGAGCUCCUCUCUCCUUAUGGACGCUUAGGAUACACUGAGCACCUCUCUCCUUAUGGACGCUUAGGAUACACUGAGCUCCUCUCUCCUUAAGGACGCUUAGGAUACACAGCUCCUCUCCUCUCUCCUUAAGGACGCUUAGGAUACACUGAGCUCCUCUCUCCUUAUGGACGCUUAGGAUACACUGAGCUCCUCUCUCCUUAAGGACGCUUAGGAUACACUGAGCUCCUCUCUCCUUAAGGAUGCUUAGGAUACACUGAGCACCUCUCUCCUCUCCUUAAGGACGCUUAGGAUACACUGAGCUCCUCUCUCCUUAAGGACGCUUAGGAUACACUGAGCUCCUCUCUCCUCUCUCCUUAAGGACGCUUAGGAUACACUGAGCUCCUCUCCUUAUGGACGCUUAGGAUACACUGAGCACCUCUCUCCUCUCUCCUUAAGGACGCUUAGGAUACACUGAGCUCCUCUCUCCUUAAGGAUGCUUAGGAUACACUGAGCUCCUCUCCUCUCUCAUUAUGGACGUUUAAGAUACACUGAGCUCCUCUCUCCUCUCCUCUCUCCUUAUGGACGUUUAGGAUACACUGAGCUCCUCUCCUCUCUCCUUAUGGACGUUUAAGAUACACUGAGCUCCUCUCUCCUCUCCUCUCUCCUUAAGGACGCUUAGGAUACACUGAGCUCCUCUCUCCUUAAGGACGUUUAGGAUACACUGAGCUCCUCUCUCCUCUCCUCUCUCCUUAAGGAGGUUUAGGAUACACUGAGCUCCUCUCUCCUCUCCUCUCUCCUUAUGGACGCUUAGGAUACACUGAGCACCUCUCUCCUCUCCUUAAGGAUGCUUAGGAUACACUGAGCUCCUCUCUCCUCUCUCCUUAUGGACGCUUAGGAUACACUGAGCUCCUCUCCUCUCUCCUUAUGGACGCUUAGGAUACACUGAGCUCCUCUCCUCUCUCCUUAUGGACGCUUAGGAUACACUGAGCUCCUCUCUCCUUAUGGACGCUUAGGAUACACUGAGCUCCUCUCUCCUCUCUCCUUAAGGAUGCUUAGGAUACACAGCUCCUCUCUCCUCUCUCCUUAAGGACGCUUAGGAUACACUGAGCUCUCUCCUCUCCUCUCUCCUUAUGGACGCUUAGGAUACACUGAGCUCCUCUCCUCUCCUCUUAUGGAUGUUUAGAUGUUUAGGAUACACUGAGCUCCUCUCUCCUCUCUCCUUAUGGAUGCUUAGGAUAGACUGAGCUCCUCUCUCCUCUCCUUAAGGACGCUUAGGAUACACUGAGCUCCUCUCUCCUGAUGGAUGUUUAGGAUACACUGAGCUCCUCUCUCCUCUCCUUAAGGAUGCUUAGGAUACAAUGAGCUCCUCUCUCCUCUCUCCUUUUGGACGUUUAGGAUACACUGAGCUCCUCUCUCCUUAUGGACGUUUAGGAUACACUGAGCUCCUCUCUCCUUAAGGACGCUUAGGAUACACUGAGCACUUCUCUCCUCCUCUCUCCUUAAGGAUGUUUAGGAUACACUGAGCUCCUCUCUCCUCUCCUCUCUCCUUAAGGACGUUUAGGAUACACUGAGCUCCUCUCUCCUAUCCUCUCCUUAUGGACGCUUAGGAUACACUGAGCACCUCUCUCCUCUCUCCUUAAGGAUGCUUAGGAUACACUGAGCUCCUCUCUCCUCUCUCCUUAUGGACGCUUAGGAUACACUGAGCUCCUCUCCUCUCUCCUUAUGGAUGCUUAGGAUACACUGAGCUUCUCUCCUCUCUCCUUAUGGAUGCUUAGGAUACACUGAGCUCCUCUCCUCUCUCCUUAUGGAUGCUUAGGAUACACUGAGCUCCUCUCUCCUUAAGGACGCUUAGGAUACACUGAGCUCCUCUCUCCUUAUGGACGCUUAGGAUACACUGAGCUCCUCUCUCCUCUCCUCUCUCCUUAUGGACGCUUAGGAUACACUGAGCUCCUCUCUCCUUAUGGAUGCUUAGGAUACACUGAGCUCCUCUCUCCUCUCUCCUUAUGGACGCUUAGGAUACACUGAGCUCCUCUCUCCUCUCCUUAUGGACACUUAGGAUACACUGAGCUCCUCUCUCCUCUCCUUAUGGACACUUAGGAUACACUGAGCUCCUCUCUCCUUAUGGACGCUUAGGAUACACUGAGCUCCUCUCUCCUCUCUCCUUAUGGACACUUAGGAUACACUGAGCUCCUCUCUCCUGUCCUCUCUCCUUAUGGACGUUUAGGAUACACUGAGCUCCUCUCUCCUCUCUCCUUAUGGACGUUUAGGAUACACUGAGCUCCUCUCUCCUCUCUCCUUAUGGACACUUAGGAUACACUGAGCUCCUCUCUCUCCUCUCUCCUUAUGGAUGCUUAGGAUACACAGAGCUCCUCUCCUCUCUUCUUAUGGACGCUUAGGAUACACUGAGCUCCUCUCUCCUCUCCUCUCUCCUUAUGGACGUUUAGGAUACACUGAGCUCCUCUCUCCUCUCUCCUUAUGGACGCUUAGGAUACACUGAGCUCCUCUCUCCUCUCUCCUUAAGGACACUUAGGAUACACUGAACUCCUCUCCUCUCUCCUUAAGGACACUUAGGAUACACUGAGCUCCUCUCUCCUUAUGGACACUUACGAUACACUGAGCUCCUCUCCUCUCUCCUUAUGGAUGUUUAGGAUACACUGAGCUCCUCUCUCCUCUCUCCUUAUGGAUGUUUAGGAUACACUGAGCUCCUCUCCUCUCUCCUUAUGGAUGUUUAGGAUACACUGAGCUCCUCUCUCCUCUCUCCUUAUGGAUGUUUAGGAUACACUGAGUGUCAUCGACCCUAUGAGACGACAUAGAUCCUAUCUGCUGAUGGAUCAUCGAGGUCUGGGUCAUGGAAUUCCUGCUACCGACUACGCCACUGUCCUGUUGAGACUCCGCCCACUGUUGAGACUCCGCCCACUCCUCUCUACCUCCAUCUGAUGGAUGGUGGAGGUCUCCAUCGUGGAAUAUGCCUCCUAUGAACUAUUCAUACACUCUGUCACAUUCAUUGAAUGUAUUUUAACUCUAAUCUGUCCUUCUGGUCACAUGACAUCUAUUGUUCUGUCCAUCCUGGAGAGGGAUCCUCCUCUGUUCUCUCCUCAAGGGUUCUGACCUUUCCCCCUGAAGGGUUAUUUGGGAGUUGUUCCUGAUCCCAUGUGAGGUCAAAGGUCAGGGAUGUCUAUGUGUACAGAUUGUAAAGCACUCCGAGACAAAUUUGUGAAAUUGGGCUAUACAAAUAAACUGAAUUGAACGUAAAUUAAAUGUAAAAAAACCCGAUAACAUUAUUUUUGCCGUCACAAGGCAAGCACCUAUUGCUCGGCGCCACUGAUUAAAUGUAAUUGCAUCAGCUGUAGGGGGUAACAUUAUUGUGAAAGUGAAUAAAUUAUGGUUAUUUUACUUUUUAA